AUCUUGAUGACCACGUUUGCCGGCCUGUGUACCGCGGCCGCAACGUACGGCAUGGGCGUCCACGUCCAGUAUUUGACCAUCGACGAGAUCGCGACCGGCAUCAAGAUCCUCGUCAUCGGGCAGAGUGUCGUCUCCCUGGCCAUGGGAAUCAGCAAAGUCGCCGUGGUGGUGUUCUUGAUGCGGAUUCUCGUCAAGAAAUGGUGGGAUCUAACAUUGAUAUCUCUUGUCCUGUCCACUGACAGACGAACUGCAGGCAUCAAAUGUUCCUCUGGUUCUGGAUCAUCUCCAUGA